AUGUCUAUCAUGAACAGUUUUGUCAACGAUAUCUUUGAGAGAAUCGCUGCAGAAGCUUCCCGUCUCGCUCACUACAACAAGAGAUCUACCAUCACAUCUCGGGAGAUCCAGACUGCAGUUCGUCUGCUCCUACCCGGUGAAUUGGCCAAGCACGCUGUCAGUGAAGGUAAAGGAGGCGCCAAACGUCACAGGAAGGUGUUGCGUGAUAAUAUCCAAGGUAUCACCAAACCAGCAAUCCGUCGUUUAGCAAGACGAGGUGGUGUCAAACGUAUCUCUGGUCUUAUCUACGAAGAAACACGUGGUGUCUUGAAAGUCUUUUUGGAAAAUGUCAUCCGUGAUGCUGUCACAUACACUGAGCAUGCAAAGAGGAAAACUGUCACCGCCAUGGAUGUUGUCUACGCCCUGAAACGUCAAGGCCGUACCCUUUACGGAUUCGGAGGUUAA